AUGCAUCGCCUAAAGAUCUGGAUCGCCUCAAUAGCCAGCGUCGCCUGUGCACAAAGGGGCGCACCGGCGGGGCAGGGAUUAACACCCUCCCUGUUCCCAUUACAACAAAAUGCUGACUCGACGAACCUGUUUCCCAUGGCGCCCUGUGGUAACUUCAAGCUGGAAGAGGCGACCAUCGCCGAGAUGCAGGCCGCCAUGGAGAACGGGACUCUGACGUCGGUGCAGCUGGUCACAUGCUACCUGCUCAGGACAUAUCAAACCGACGAGUAUAUCAACUCCGUCCUCCAGAUCAACCCAGAUGCCCUCACCAUCGCCGCCCACACGGACGCCGAGCGCGCAUCCGGCCGCGUCUGCAGCGCCCUGCACGGCGUCCCCUUCACCAUCAAAGACAACAUCGCCACGGCCGACGCCCUGGAGACCACAGCCGGCAGCUGGGCACUCCUGGGCAGCAUCGCGCCGCGCGACGCGCACGUCGUGUCGCGCCUGCGCUCGGCCGGCGCCGUCCUCCUGGCCAAGGCCACGCUGAGCGAGUGGGCCGACAUGCGGUCCAACAACUACUCCGAGGGCUACUCGGCUCGCGGCGGCCAGGCCCGCAGUCCCUACAACCUGACCCUCACCCCGGGCGGCAGCAGCAGCGGCGGCGGCGCGGGCGUGGCCGCCAAUGCCGUGGCCUUCUCGCUCGGCACCGAGACCGACGGCAGCGUCAUCAGUCCGGCGGAGCGGAACGCGGUGGUCGGGCUGAAGCCGACGGUCGGACUGACGUCGCGCGCCGGCGUGGUGCCGGAGAGCGAGCACCAGGAUACCGUCGGGGUGUUGGCGCGGACGGUGAAGGAUGCGGCGGUGGUGCUGGAUGCGAUGUAUGGGGUCGAUGCGCGGGACGCGUAUACGGCAGCGCAGGAGGGGCACACGCCUGACGGCGGGUAUGCGGCGUUCUUGACCGGGAGGGAGAGCCUGAAGGGGGCGGUGUUCGGGGUGCCGUGGGAAAGCUUUUGGGUGUAUGCCGAUGAGGAGCAGCAGCGCGUGUUGAAGGAGACAAUGGAUCUGAUGUGCGAAGCCGGCGCGACUAUCGUCAACGGGACGGAGAUACUGGACUACGAGACCAUCGUCAGCCCCAACGGUUGGGACUGGGAUUAUGGUGGCACCAGGGGGUAUCCGAAUGAGUCCGAGUACACGGUGGUGAAGGUCGACUUCUACAACAACAUCAAGACGUACCUGGCCGAGCUGAACAACACGAACAUACGCUCGCUCGAGGAUAUUGUCCAGUACAACUAUGACAACGACGGCAGCGAGGGCGGGAACCCCUGGCCAUUGGGGAUUUCGGCCUUCUAUUCCGGCCAGGACGGCUUCCUGGCCUCGCUCGAGAGCAAAGGUAUCAAGGAUGAGACGUACCAACAAGCGCUCAACUUCUCGCAGACCUCGACGCGGAACGGUAUCGACGCAGCGUUGAACUACAAGGGGGAAAAGCUGGCCGGCUUGCUGGUGCCGCCGGAUGUGGGCCAGACAUAUCAGAUCGCCGCCCAGGCUGGGUACCCCAUGAUCACGGUACCUGCUGGCGUCAACUCGGACACCGGUAUGCCAUUUGGGCUUGCCAUUAUGCAGACGGCUUGGGCAGAAGCAGAGCUGGUCAAGUGGGCUAGUGCUAUUGAAGAUCUGCAGCUGGCGUCGGGCACGCCGUAUAAACGGACUUUGCCUGAAUGGCACGGAUAUCUGCAGAGGAAUAUUCCGGUCUUGAGUCUCUAG